AUGCCAAUGAGCAAUAAAGAACCGCCACAACUCUUGUCCUCAAGUUUUGUACAACCAGAAUUGUCGUCACAGUCACAAGGAUAUGCACAUAUGUCUGACAACGGAUACCCUCCUCAGGAUCAAUUUGUAAUGAACUCUCAAAGUUUCGCCAUUCCAGAACCUCCGCCUUAUGAACAAGACUUUAACUCGUCAUCAAUCUUAGAUCCUGAGGAUCAACAGUUCAUCUUUGGUGCCUUUCUAGAUAAUCUUCAGGCGAACCCAAAUUACCUUUUCAGUCCGUCACUGCCUCCAAACAUGCCGAUGUUCCCGUCGCCCACGGAUAACAGUGUAAAUGGACUACUCAACCCCAUGCGCUCGGUCACACUGUCAUCAAAUUCCGAGGAGAAAGAUGGAUCAGCGAUACAAUCCGUUCCGGCAAAGCGUAAGCAAACAGAUGAAGACGAUAAAUCCAGGCGCCGGUCGUCCUCCCAUAGAAUAAGUCCGAUCAACACGAAGCUCAGUAUGACCCAAACCAAUAACAAUAAUGAUUCAACAUCAAGUCCUCGACCAAUUUCACCGCCCAUGCAAUUAUCAAAUCUCUCGGGUAAUACACCCAGCAGUAGUGCUAAUGGAUCCCCAUCACCCCGAACUCCAAAUCGGGAGUUGACAAAGAACGAAGAGGAGUCGGGGCCUUUAGGUAAUUUAACAGAGACUUCUUCAAAUGAUAAUGAUAACACAACGGACGAUUUCACGGAAAUUAAAUCCGAGUCAAAGCCCACACCUCAGAAGUCAAGUAGGAAACCGUAUAAAGAACUUCUCACGGAAGAGGAGAAACGAGCGAAUCACAUCGCAUCUGAACAAAAACGAAGGAAUACAAUUCGAGCAGGUUUUAAAGAGUUAACAGACAUUAUACCAACGCUUAAGAAUGUGAAUAAUUCAAAAAGCACAAUUUUAUUUAAAGCGGUAGAUUAUAUCAAAUAUUUAGAAAGGAGGAAUAAGAACCUAAAGGAGCGUGCAGGCCUUUUAGAGAUGCGUGUUGAGAUGGAGAUGAGACAAGGGAAGAGAUUCCACCACGGCGGAUUCGGUCCAACGAUGGGUUUCGGACAUCAGCGAGUCGGACCAAUGCCAAUUGGCACGACGUAUGGAAUGAUGCACAACUCGAUGAAUGGGAUGAACGGGAUGAACGGGAUGAACAGCAUCAAUGGUGCAGAGAAUCAACCAAUGGCAACACAGCAACAGAUGAUUUCAGGUGGAAACACUGUUUCAUCGGUAAAUCAAACGAACAAUGUAUUUAGAAAUGGUAUGCAAAUACAACAACCGCAACAUUCCAUCAACAGUGAAACCAACAAUAAUAAUGGUCUCGUUCCUGGAAUGAAGAUUCCAAACGACGACGAUCAAGAAAUGAUGAAUCACCAUCAUAACGGAGUUGAUCAUGGAAUGGUCGGGGCUGAACAUGACGGAGAUUCCAUGAUGGUUCUCAACGGAAGUGCGUCGCGCGUUGGAGUAAAGUGUUUAUGA